AUGCUGCAAAUGUGGACGGCAUUGACGACCAUGCUGCUGCUCCUUGCAGCAGCGGUUGCGGCAGCUAGCGGCGCGACGACUCAUGGUGGGUGUCUGCCGAGCUGCGGCGGCGUGGACAUCCCCUACCCCUUUGGCAUCGGCCCUGGCUGCUUCCGCGAAGGCUUCGAGGUCGAGUGCAUCAACAGUGGCCCUGUGCUUGCCGGUACGCCCCUUCGGGUGGUGCAGCUGACAUUGGAUCCAGACGAGUCGCAGGUGAUGCUCCCCAUCGGGUGGCAAUGCUACAACGUCUCCGACCCAGACGACACCUACAACAACUGGGACUAUGGAAAUACGACGAUGAACAAGGAUGGCGUGUACCGCAUCUCCAACACGCACAACAUGCUCGUUGUCGUCGGCUGCAACACUGUCGGCUUCGUGGCCAGCAAGAGGACCGAGGGUGGCGCAGACGCCAGCGCCUUCAACACCGGGUGCAUGUCCUACUGCAACAACUCGGCGAGCGCGCAGGACGGCCUCUGCGACGGCGUCGGAUGCUGCCACGUCAGCAUCCCGCCGGGACUCACCGACAACUACUUCAACUUCCGGGAGUAUGACCACUCCACCAUGAUGGAGUACAGCCCGUGUGACUACGCCUUCCUCGUCGACAGGAACAACUACACCUUCCGCCGGUCCGACCUCAAGAUGAACACGAAACGGACCUCGCCGGUGUGGCUGGACUGGGCCAUUCGCGGUAACAGCUCCAUCUCCGGUGACAUACCUUCGUGCAAACAAGCGUCCAAGACGGACCAGUACGCCUGUGUCAGCACUCACAGCGACUGCGUCGACUCCACCAAUGGGCCUGGCUACAACUGCAAGUGCUCCAGUGGCUACCAGGGCGACGCCUACUUGCCCAACGGAUGCACAAGUGCAAUAGGUGGCAUUCUUGUCUUGGCAUUUCUGGCAUUCUUUUUUGUUCUUCGCAAAGAGAAGCAGAGGGCCAGAGACUUUUACCGAAAGAAUGGUGGUCUUACAUUAGAGAAGGCUAGAACUAUUAAGAUUUACACAAGGGGGAAUCUCAAACCAGUUUUAAAGAGUACCAAUGUAAUUGGUAAAGGUGGCUUCGGUGAAGUUUACAAGGGUGUUGUUGAUGGAGUUAUCGUCGCAGUAAAGAAACCAAAUGGUCGUAGUGUGCUAGAGAAGGAGCAGUUUCCAAAUGAAGUCACCAUCCUGUCUCAAGUCAGCCACAAGAACAUCGUAAGGCUUCUAGGUUGUUGCCUCGAAGUGGAUAACCCCAUGCUAGUCUAUGAAUUCAUCUCCAAAGGAAGCUUGGAGGACAAUCUUCAUAGAGCUGACAACAAGGAGCUUCUUGACUUGGAUGUACGUCUAAGUAUUCUUGAAGACUCAGCACAUGGUCUAGCUUAUAUGCACUCACAAACCCAUAACACAAUACUGCAUGGUGAUGUUAAACCAGCAAACAUACUCUUGGAUGAGAACUUCUCCCCGAAGAUCGCGGAUUUUGGCAUAUCGAGGUUGAUUGCACAAGGCAAGGACCAUACUAGAAACAUCAUAGGCGACAUGUCUUACAUGGACCCCGUGUACCUACAAACAGGUCGAUUGACCGACAAAAGUGAUGUCUACAGCUUUGGGGUUGUCAUCUUAGAGCUCAUUAGCAGGAAGAGGGCUACUCAUUCUGAUAAUAAUAGCCUAGUGAGGAGCUUCCUAGAGUGUCACCAAACUGGGGAGAGCAUGACUGAGCUCUUCGAUAAGGAAAUUGCAACAACAGGAGAUUUGGAACUUCUUAACAAGUUGGUACAGAUUGCUGUUGAGUGUCUUAACCUUGAAGCAGAUCAAAGACCAUCAAUGACAGAUGUUGCAGGGCGCCUUGUCAUGCUGCAUAGGUCCCGUAAUCCUUAGGUUCAUUCCGGAUCGGAGUUUCAACUUUCAACAUGUAUGAUAUGUCAAAUAAGAUAGGUAACUAUCAGUGUCAACCUGUGUUGUAUUUGCUGUUCCAAGAAAUUUGUACUACUGUAGUGAGUAACUUUAUGCUUCGUAUGACCAAAUGUGUGGAUUGAUUUCCCGAUUAAACUAUAUUGUAAUAGGGUAGCGAUUUAAUCUUGCUCCUACAGAGCUCAGUGAGAUCAUUAAAAAACA